AUGGACUCUGCGCCGCCUCCGCCGCCGGCCGCGCCACGCCUGGGCGGCCUGGACGAGCCACUCGCCUACCUGCGCGCCAUGAUUGACAGCCUGUUAGCAGAGUGGCGGCCUGACGCCCCGCGCUCCGGUCUCCGGGCGCCGCGCAGCGUGUUGCUGUACGGCCCAUCCGGUACCGGUAAGAGUUCGCUGGCGGCGGCGCUGGCAGCGCUGUACGGCGACCGCUUCCACGUGAUCCGCUGCGCCGAGCUGCAGAGCCGCUUCCACGGCGGCACCGAGGAGAACCUGCGCGAGCGGUUCGCGGCGGCGCAGCGCCGCCGGCCGGCCGUCGUCUUCCUCGACAACGUGGAGAGCUUGGCCGGCCGGGCGGACGGCGGCGGUGGCGAGCGGCAGCGGCGUCUGCUCGCCUGCCUGGUCUCGCUGCUGGACGCGGCCGACGGGCUGGUGGUGGUGGCGGCGACGGCGCGGCCGGGCGCGCUGGACCCAGCCGUGCGCCGCGCCGGCCGCCUCGAUCGCGAGCUGGAGCUGACCGUGCCCGGGCCGGCGGCGCGCCAGCAGAUCCUGGCCGCGCUGCUGCCGGACGCCCCGCCGGCCACGCUCGCCGCCGCCGCUGCCGCCGCGCACGGCUAUGUCGGUGCAGACCUGCAGGCGGUGGUGCGCGAGGCGGGCCUGCUGGCGGCCGAGGCGGGCGCGGCAGCGCCCGAGCAGCACCACCUGCUGGCCGCGCUGCGCCGCGUCAAGCCCAGCGCCAUGCGCGAGGCGCUGGUGGAGGUGGCCAAUGUGCGCUGGAGCGACAUCGGGGGUCAGGUGGCGCUCAAGCUGCGCCUGCAGCAAGCAGUCGACUGGCCUAUCCGCCACCCGGAGGCGUUCCUGCGCAUGGGCGUGGCGCCGCCUAAGGGCGUGCUAAUGUACGGCCCGCCCGGCUGCUCCAAAACGAUGAUCGCCAAGGCACUGGCAACCGAAAGUGGGCUGAACUUUAUCUCGAUCAAGGGACCCGAGCUUUUCAGCAAGUGGGUGGGCGACUCUGAACGCGCCGUGCGGGACGUGUUCCGGCGCGCGCGCCAGUCGGCGCCAGCAGUCGUCUUCUUCGACGAGCUGGAUGCGCUGGCGGUGCGCCGCGGCGACGGUGGCGCCCACAGCGUCGCCGAGCGCGUGCUGGCGCAGCUGCUGACCGAGAUGGACGGCGUGAGCGCGCUGCGUGACGUCACAGUGGUGGCCGCCACCAACCGACCGGACCUGAUCGACCCGGCGCUGCUGCGGCCCGGCCGGCUGGAUCACGUGGUGCACGUGCCGCUGCCGGACGCCGAGACGCGCGCCGAGAUCGCCCGGCUCCGGCUGGCCUCCAUGCCGGCUGGCGGCGCCGUGACACCCGCCUGGCUGGCCGCCAGGACCGAGGGCUACUCGGGCGCCGAGGUUGCGGCCGUGUGCCACGAGGCGGCGCUGCUGGCGCUGCAGGCGGACAUCGAGGCCGUGUGCGUGACGCAGGAGGACUUUGAGUGCGCGCUGAGCACGGUCAAGCCGCGCGUGUCCGACUAUGACCAGGUGUAUCGGCAGUUCGCCAUGGACCACAGCAGGCGGUAGCAAGGCUGUGGUCUUGGCUGGGGCAGGCACGAGGCUGUGGUGACGUGUAUGAAGCGUUGAUGGAGACAUCAAACGCUGGGCGUGUGUCCGUAGGGUUUUUUGCAUGUUUUCGUAUGCCUUUCUCUGCGCCCCAUUUGGAACAAGGCAAAUAUACGAUGAUCCUGUGUGUCGGGUCACAGGUGUUGACAAUACAUCUCGGAAGGGAGGUUUGGGUUGUCUGUACGCACUGGUUUACUGUACUCUUCUGGUUUGCGCAUCUCAACGAUGCGAAUAUUUUCACCUACUUUGCUUAUUUCCGCCUAUUGCUUGUUCCCACUGCAGUUUUGAGGUCACUUUGUUUUCUUUGCAUAGUGUUCGAAGCGCUCUGUCGUUUUUGUGCCAUUUGUGUCCCGCCUACAUCCAGCGCCAUUCUGGAAUUGUCAUGCUUUGGCUACGAUUCAAAGGGUACACGAGCCGUGAUCCAGGAGUCAUUGGCUAUCGUCACCAGACAUCUCCGCCAAUAUCUAAAGACGUUUUUGUGUAGUUCUUACGGUCGCGAAGGCUCGCAGACGAUGCGUAUGGUGUCCCGCGAAUUCCGGUUGAUCGCCAGUUCUAUGGUGGGCAGGCCAGACAUAAUUUUAAUAGAUGUCCACCUUUAUGGGUAUGAGGUAUCGACAAAGUGCAAUUAAAAUGGCGAGUGCUAGACGCAGUCAUGCUCCCUGUUCCUGUCUGAGUCUAGAAAUAUGGUUA